AUGGUGGCAUCAGCCAUCUUUUAUGGAGUGGUCUGUUGGGGCAGCAGCAUCUCAACUGCAGACAGGAAGAGACUUGACAGACUCAUUAAGAGGGCCAGCUCUGUUAUGGGAAGUCCCCUAGACCCAGUGCAGGUGGUGGGAGACAGGAGAAUGUUAGCCAGACUAGCAUCCAUGCUGGAGAACAGCUCCCACCCCAUGCAUGAGACUUUGGCAGCACUGGGCAGCUCCUUCAGUGACCGGCUGCUUCACCCCAAGUCUCACCACUGUCUUCAGCUGAAAGCUCACUCAACAUCUUCACAAACCACUGUUCCUGUGGCCAUGGUGUGUGCCGGAAUAAAAAGUCUGCUCCUUGUCUUCAUGCUCACCAUCAGAGCAGAUGCUAUUGAUCCAAACGUUCUGGCACAAAUAAUUAAAUUUACGAGAGACACCAUCGCCUUAAAUGGUGAAUAUGCAUUCCUCAUCACCACGACCGAAGAGGCAUGUGGUAACUACAACAUUUUUGUAACUAAGCUUAACAAACAACUUCAGCAAAUCCACAACUUCUUUGUGACCAGUGAUGAGCGUGGCAUCAUAGGCACAGAUGAUAUUAUCGCAGCUAGGCCAGAUGACAAUUUCCAUGCUGAACAUUGGAUCCUUUUUAAUAAUGAUAAUGAGAUUCGGAAAAGGACCCAGAACCCAAACACCUGUGUGCUGUUUUUUACCAAUUACUCCCCUUGUGUGGACCGCUGUGCAUCUCCAGACAAUGCACAAAGCAUUAUAAAAAACCUCAGAGAAAAGCUAUUAUUUAGAAACAUAAAUGCAGAUUGGAAGGCCUUUGUGUUCUACACAGUUUAUGACAAAGACGAGACACGGAUUCCAGAGCUACAACAGGCUCUUACUACCAUUGAGGAGUUUUUGCCUGUCUUUAGAUGCACCUCAUACAGUCAAAAUGGAAGGUUGAUUAAUGUCUGUUAUAUCUGUGCAUCUCAAAUGACUGACUGCCUCUGGGUACCACGGCGACACUAGAAGAAUGAAGGACCUACAUUUAAAAUAACAGCUUUAGCAAUCAAAAUACAAUCAAGUGAUGCUCUGAUCACAUUUACUAAAGCAUAAAAUCACCAUCAUCACAAUCAACUGAGAAUAGACAGAGAUUCUUUAUUUUUCUUCGAAAAUUAUAUUUGUGAAAGAUGUUUUAAUGUUGUUUCAGAUUUUGGUUGCUGUCUGUCUUGUAUGUGAUUAAAUUUCUACAAACCGAAUAUAAAUUAAUUUCUAGUUAUGAUAUCUACAAACUGUGCCUAAUAUGGUUUUUAAGCUGUAUUUCUUUCCUUUAAAAUAUGUAAUUUCCAUCACAAAUGUUUUAUCUAGUACUCACACAAAGGCUUUGUAAAAGAUUAUGUUUCAUAUGUUAUGGUAAAACUAUCCCCGCGACCCAGAAGGAUAAGCCGCUUAGAAAAUGUGUGUGUGUGGUAAAACUAUGGAUGGUGUUUCUGACACACUGGUGAUACACCCACAUCCCAAAUAAGUCAAGUGAAAAUGAAUGGAAUGCUAUGUACAAUGAGAAGUUGCUAAACUGCUGGUGUGGAUGCUUCCUCUGCUGUGACA